UGCUCAAUUUUUUAUGCAAAAAUGAACGUGUCAGAUAUAAUUUCUUGUUUUAGUGAGCACUCAGUGAAUGUAUCACAUUCCUCAUGUUCUAGCUACUCAAGCAACACUUGUAUAUCUCCAAGCCUUGCACCUUCAACCCAAAAUUCAGUUUCUUCUGUGUACAAAACCACCCUCUCCAACCAAAAGCAGGUUUUGAUCACAGUCACUUGGUGUAAGAGCCACUCCAAUCAAGGACUCACCAUAAGCUUUGGUGAAGAAAACCUUAACCAAGUAGCAUCAUCUUUCAGACUCAACACCAAUUCACGUUUUUUAAGGAAGAAAAAAGGAAGCAGGCUGGUUGAAUCUGAUGAGUCAAAGGUUGAAGUUUUCUAUGAUCUUUCAAAUGCCAAGUAUGACACUGGCCCUGAACCUGUUGAAGGGUUUUAUGUUGCAAUUCUCAUUGAUGCAGAAAUAGGCCUCAUUCUUGGUGACAUGGCAGAAGAAGCUGUGAUCAAGAAGUUCAAAAGUAGAACACUUUUGGCUAAGGUAUCACUGUUAUCUAGGCGUGAACAUUGUUCAGGGAACACUGUUUACACAACCAAGGCUCAGUUCUGUGACACUGGCACAUGGCAUGACAUUUUGAUCAGAUGCAGCGGGGAAAAUGAGGGCUUCAAGUACCCGGUUUUGUCUGUGUGUAUUGAUAAGAAGACAGUGAUUCGUGUGAAGAGGUUGCAAUGGAAUUUCAGAGGCAACCAAACAAUUUUUGUUGAUGGGUUGCUGGUUGAUUUGCUUUGGGAUGUUCAUAACUGGUUUUUCAACCCUUCUUCUGGCUAUGCAGUGUUCAUGUUCAGGACUAGGAGUGGCUUGGAUAGCAGGUUGUGGUUAGAGGAGAAGAGUGCCCAGAAAGAUAAAGAUAGAGUUGAAUUCUCCUUGUUGAUCUGUGCCUGUAAGAACACAUAA